AUGAGGUCCUCCGGGCCGCCGCCCUCCCUGCUGUCCGGUAGUGAAGGGAGGAGGAUGAGCUGUGUGGAGAAGACAAGUUCUAGCGGUCCCGCUGACGAUCCCCCCAAAGCGAAGGAACUAGUUUCGGGUGCGAAUGGCAACGGGUUGCUCCUGGCGAAGCCACAGGCAGCCUGCGGUCCUCAAAGCGCCCAUAGCCACUACUGCACCCGUAAAGAGAGAUGCACGUCACCGAAUCCGGGUACCUUGUGGACAGAACUCAGAAAGGCCAGUGUAAUUGUGGUGGGGAAAGCUUUCCCCACCGCACCGGACGUACCGCCUCAUCCAUGGGGAGCUCUGCGAUCUAGUCCAUCAAGGACGCGCGAGUCGAUCACCCCUACCGGGUUGAGGUAG